UUUCCAUGGUUACUUGGAAUCUUGCGGUGUUUUGUUUCGGCGUGCGUCGGGGCCCCAGCGGAAAAGCACACAUUAUAAAUUCGCAUAUCUUUACUUCCAUCCCUGGCGAUGAAGACUACAAAUGCGCGUGAGCCGUCGCAAGAAGAAGUUCCAGAAACCAGGCUCCAUGGACCUUUGCAUCACCAUUAAAGGGGUCUCGUUCCUCCUGCAGACGGGGCUGGGAAUUCUGGGUAACGCGUCCGUGCUGAUGGCGUACGCUCAUAUCACUUUCGUAGAGUCACGCCUGCAGCCCGUGGACAGAAUCCUGGCUCAUCUGGCCUUCAGCAACCUGCUGCUACUGCUGACGCGUGGCGUGCCACAGACCAUGGUCAUCUUCGGCCUGCGCAACCUGCUGGACGAUCCGGGCUGCAAAGUGGUGAUCUACGCCUACCGCAUCAGCCGCGCCCUCUCUGUCUGCCUCACCUGCAUGCUGAGCGUCUUCCAAGCGCUGACCAUCGCACCGUCCGCCGGGCCACACCUGACCAAACUGAAACCUCGUCUCCCGCACCUGGUCAUACCCACCUUCGUAGGACUGUGGCUCCUCAACAUGAUUAUCUGCAUCGGCGCUCCGCUUUUCUCAAUGGCACCUCGGAACGGCACCGUGCCCGCCUUCACCCUCAACCUCGGCUUCUGUCACGUCGACUUCCGUGACAACCUGUCAUACGUGGUGAAUGGCGCGGCGCUCUCGACGCGAGACUUCACCUUCGUGGCCGUCAUGCUGGCGUCCAGCAGCUACAUCCUGGUCCUCCUGCACAAACACAGCAGGCAGGUCAGGUCCAUCCGACGUGCUCAGCAAGGAACCUCCAUGGAAAUGCGGGCGGCGAAGACCGUGGUCAUGCUGGUGGUGCUGUACACCGUGUUCUUCGGCAUCGAUAACGUGAUCUGGAUCUACAUGCUGACCGUGGCCCAGGUCCCGGCUGUGGUGGCGGACAUGAGAGUGUUUUUCUCAUCUUGCUACGCCACGCUCAGUCCUUUCCUCAUGAUAAGCACCAAUAAGAAGAUAAAGGAGAGGCUGGUGUGUGCAGCUGGAGAACAGCCAGCUGAGGACUCCACCGAGAAACCAAGCACUAAAUGAACUUUUAUUUUUCAUAUUCAAGUUGUAAUACUAGAUGACAAAUAUUUUAGUAUUCUUGAUAUAUUAUGAAUUAUUAUUAUUAUUGUGCUAAGGUUCCUAAAAUAAAAAAUUAUAUAUAUUUUUCUGCCUUUUGUACUGACUUUUAUUUUGCUGUCAAAAUGGCGGCCAUUUUGUACAAGUACUGCUUUACUUUUAAACUUAAUUAAAUUAGCUAACCAGCUACUUAAUGACUCAAUUUUUCAGUUUUAUGUAAUGUAAAAAAACAAUGAAGCAAAAAAAAAAAAAUAAAUAAAACAAAAAU